AUAUACGACACCGGUGUCGUACUUCCUUAUAUACGACACCUACCAUUUCUUGGCCCCCAGAGCUCCAAUCGGCGUACAACAAAAUGCGCUCCACGGCCCGCAGCUAUCAGCCCAUACCAUUUUGGGUCAAAUCGGCCAAGUGGUUGCGGAGAAAGAGCCGAAAAUAGGGGGCUCCGCAACUUACCGGGGGGGUGUCAGCGACGUUCCGGUCAUAACUCCUUGCACAGACAUCGCCUGAUCGCACGUAAACUCGCGAUGAGUAGAUAAGCUUAUAUACGACACCGCCCGUUUCUCG